AUGCAACCAGAGGCUAACUAUGACAAAGACAGAUUGAAACGCAGCCAAACAGUAAAUGAAGACUACAGCAACACAGGCUACGACAGGGGGCACCUCAACCCCAACAGCUUCCAGUGUGAGGUUGGCCGCAAAGCUACAUUCACCCUGACCAACAGCGCACCUAUGGAUCCUGCAUACUAUGUCAACUGGAAACGGUGGGAGGAUGCCAUCAGGCACAUUAUAAAGGCAGAGUAUCAGGGAACUGCCUUUGUAGUAACAGGAACUGUGCCAUCUGAAAAUGACUGCAUACCAAGACAAGGAGAAUUUGAUGAUCCUACCUCAAGAGACUUCAACAGAGUCAGUGUUCCAACACAUGUCUGGUCAUCUGUGUGCUUUGUCCACAAGGUUAAAAAGGAAAGGUCAUUUUCAUUUGGGUAUAUAGGGCUAAACCAGGCCAACAGUAAGAUAAAUGUCAAGACUGUACCACAACUAAACAAGGAGCUGUCUAGGCUCUACCAUGUGGAUGUACGAAUAUUUCAUGAUCACUGUCAUUUUAACAACCUCAGAUCUGAGGAAAUAGUUAAACACCUGAAUAUGAAAGUCCACCUCCCAUUAAGUGACAGGCUGACCAUGUCUGAAGAGACCCUAAAUAUAUUUCAGACAGCUAUGACACAGUUUGAUGAUGCUCAAGUGACAACAAAAAAACCAAGAGUAGCGAAGGUGACAAUAGAGGGCUCUUUUGACAGUACUGAGUCUUGGUUUGCGAACAUGCAGACCAUGAAGUAUGUGUCUAGGUCAACAUGUGUCCUCUCCCAGCCAUACACAGGGCCCGUUUGGAGUCAGACUAACACAAAGAUUAAAAAACGAGAUAUCCCUGAUGGUGAUGGUUCACAGGAGCUGGUCUGCAGCCUCAUUCCAAAGGUAGAAGAGGGCUGCACCAGCUCUUGCCUGUUCAAGGAGGAGGCUCGAGGCUACCGCUGCUACUAUUAUUCAUCUGAAAGGCCGUGCUCCCCUCAGUACUCCAUAAUAACAGUCAGUGGGGCCAAGUGCAGGAGUGACCACACCUGUGGAACGCACGGGCAGCAAUACUACUGGUGCUACACUGACUCCUCAUGGGACUACUGCAGUCCUCCCCUACCGACGGGGCUGGCAGUUGGAGAUGGGAUGCCAUGCCGCUCCAGCCACAACUGUGACCACUAUGGCUGGUAUGGUAUAUUACACACCUGGUGCUACACUGAUAACAAUGACAACUGGGACUAUUGCUGUAGAACUGCGGACCGCUUCUCUGCUCGAAGAGGCAAGACCUGUAGGUCUAACCAUCCAUGCGGUUACCAUGGUUACAAUUACCUUUGGUGCUAUACGACAGAUGGCCCCUGGGAGUACUGCUGCACUAAGUAGGCCUAAAUGCUAUUUACAGACAGUUGUAGUACAGCCAUACCCCAGAUGGUACCAAUGUCGUACAACCACCUUAAUUUAAGUGAUCAAUUGGGCGUCUGACAUGACAAUGAACCGGGAAAAGUGGUAAAGAUUAGGCCUACA